AACAGUGUUGUGUUGUUUCGCAACAAAGUGAUAAUAGGACACGGUCAAAUCUUCGCUAUGGUAUAUACUAAUGUGCACCGAGCAUUUCUGCAAGCAUGCUCCAACCACGGGACAGUAAGCAAGCAAAAUGCACUCGACAUUCUCAUUGGCAUCUACGCCCGAUACGGCAACGAUGAUACUAUUCCAAAUGAAACGGACGUCGUCGAUGUGGUGGCUAAAAUAAACGAACAUAUCCAUCAAUUUGAUCAGAAGAUUGUUUACACACACUUCGAGCUACUCGAUAGUGAUUUUUACGUGUUUGUCAACCUGCAAGAAUCACCGAUCGAUCUGCAUCAGAAUGUGUACACUGCACCGGAACUCCAUUUCUUUCGUGUAGUGCUACGUGAACUAACGUUGAGCGAAGACCACACGCUGACCAUGAUAAACUGUCUCAAUCUUACCAAUGACACCGAGAGUGAGACGAUAAAACCCCUUCCAAAGACACGGGCAGAACAGUUGCUGAACGAAUGGGAAGAAUCGGGUUACUUUCUAGUGCUGAAUGAUAAGUUCCACUUUGGACCGAAGUCGGUCGUAGAGUUUGAAAAGUAUCUCAGCAAAAAUUACGCCGAUAUUAUAACACGCUGCUGUCUUUGUAAUGUCACUAUAUUCUAUGGUGUUCGUUGUGCUUCCUGCCCGCAGAUUCUGCACAAAGAUUGUUUGAAAAAGUAUCUUCGUCGGCUUACGAACUGUCCCGCGUGCAAAGAAUUGUGGAGUGUGCCAAUAUAGUGGUUAUUCACUAAACUUUGAUUUAUUUCCCCCAUAUCCUUAACUCCCUUAAACGAGUAACAUAUAAGUUUUACCACUUUUAUAUAAAAUGUAAGGUAGCAACCAAGGCGCUCGUGUGUACUGCAAAUAUACAAUUUACAGCA